GUUGCCCAUUCCAGUGGAAACAUACCACAUGUUUCGUUUCCGAGUGGGAAGCUCGGUGACGUGCCAAAGUUGCCCUCGGGAGCUGGUCUGAGGAAGGAGGGCGCGCUGGGUUUAGUGGAGAUUAGAGGCAGCGCGGGUGUCCAAAGGAGGAGGCCGAGGAAAAAGCAGUCACCCGCGGUCUCCAGUUCAAGUGGCGCUUCUCUCAAAGAGUCCCACAUGCGACCUGCAAACGUGAGCCUAGCGCCUCCCGCUGCCGCCUUGGCAACCGCCUCUCGCCUUCGGACAGCUUUUCCCGGCGGGUUGCUUUCGAUGCCGGUCGCCCUGUGCUACAUACCCAUCUAGUUUCUUUUUCAGUCAUGUGAGGCUAACUAAGAGAAGCAAUAAAUAAACAUGGAGGAGGUGACCGGCAGCAAGGAGGAGCAGAGCCGCGUGGGCAACGGAGUGGGGAGCCCUGCCGAGGCAGCCAUGGACGGCUACUUGCGAUCUCAGGGAUUGUACCGCAAGCGAGUGGCGAAGGACGGGUCGUGCCUCUUCCGAGCGGUGGCGGAGCAGGUUUUCCACUCGCAGAUUCAGCAUCUUGAUGUUAGGAUGGCCUGUAUAAACUAUCUGUGGAAAAACAGAGAGAAAUUUGAAGCGUUUAUAGAGGGGCCAUUUGAGGAAUAUCUGAAGCGUCUGGAAAAUCCACAGGAAUGGGUUGGACAAGUUGAAAUAAGUGCCCUUUCUCUUAUGUUCAAAAAAGAUUUUAUAAUAUAUCAGGAACCAAACUACACUCCUUCUUAUGUAACCGAAAAUGGGUUUCCCGACAAGAUAUUGCUGUGUUUUUCAAAUAGCAAUCACUAUGAUAUUGUCUAUCCUAUAGACUACACAAUCAAGGCUGCUCUUUGUCAGUCUAUUUUGUAUGAAUUGCUAUACGAAAAAGUAUUUGACGUUGAUGUGAAUAAAGUUUUUGAAGAACUGAGCCAUGGUGAUUUGAUUAAGAAUGGCAGAGGGAACACCAAAGAAUCUGAUUCGGAGGGUGAAGAUCCAGAAAGUGAAAGGGCUGUAACAAGUUAUACAAACGGCAAGAAGCUUCAUAAACAUGGGAAAUCUCACAAUGUUAUGAGUUUGCCUGCAAAGGUUCUUCGUUCCCUUAAUCCAUUAGUUUACCGAAAUGUUGAAUAUGAAGUCUGGCGGCAGUCAAAAAUAGAUCAGCAAAAACAAGAUUUUUCUAUUGCUGCUGGCAUGCAGUAUUCAGUUGGAGAUAAAUGUAAAGUAUAUUUAGAUCACAAUGGAAGGUAUUAUAAUGCUCACAUUCAAGAAGUCCAGUCUGCAGAUGGACCUGUUAUUGUUUUUGUGGAAGAACUUGGUGUUAAGCAUUCAGUACUGCUAAGAAACCUUAAGCCUCUUCCACUGGCAACUCCUUUGGAAACCUGGAGCACAGUACCAGGGAAGAAAAUUAAAAAAACAACUUCGGUGCAUGGACAAAAUGUUCAGACUGAUACAGAUUGCAGAGGAUCCAAAAAUUCAAACAAGCUAAUAAAAACUACAUCAGUUCUGCCUCCUCGAAUGCAAACCACAAGACAGCAUCACUUGCCCAGUUUGGGGAUGUCUUCUCAACAAUCUUCUGCUCAUCACAAAACGCAAGGCAGAAAUCCUCUGCAAGCUGUUAGAAAAACAGAUUGCGAGACAGUGCAAGAAUUGGACCACCCAAACAAGAAUUGUAAUGCUGGUCUUUCUCCAGAGGAACAUAAAGAGAAAGAAGCUGUAAAUGAAGUUAAUUCACUUUAUGAAAUUCAGUUCCAGGAUAAAGAAGCUUUCCCUGCACUUUUGAAUCCACCUGUGUCUCAAGUAGCUACACAGACUAAUGAGACCUUUGCAUGGCAAACACCUCAAGUUCCUAAUGGGAGAAGAAUCGGCAACAUGAAGGAAGAACAGGUGACAAAAAAUAAAGAUGCAAAGGAUGAGAAAGCAGUGUCUAAUCUUGAGCAGAUUCUUGCAGAUCAGAAGUUGGAUCCCAGAAUGUCUGUGGACACUAAGAAGGAUAUAAUUGCUGCAGAUAUAUCACCUUCCUCAAGCAAUGGAAAUAUUCAUUCACUACCGAUUGAGCAAGUAAGAGAUGAACCUUUAUCAGGUAUAAAUGCUACCCCAUCUCCAACUGUUCCUGAAAUACAUUUGCCUCCCACUGUGCCUUCUGUACCAGCUCUUACGCCCGCUUGGUCAAGUGAGUCAAUAUACUACGGAUUAACAGGUGUUCCGACCCAAAUUCCUGUGUCCUCUGUGAUGGCAACACCAACCAUUGGACUAGAUUCAACUCUGAGUCAGGCAACCUCCAAUCCAGUUGCUGCCAUUCCAGUAACACUCCAAGCAGUUAAUCAGCCUUUAAUACCUAUGCCUCAAACACUGAAUCUUUAUCAGGAUCCCUUGUACCCAGGAUUCCCAAUAAAUGAAAAGGGGGAACGAGUUAUUACUCCUCCAUACUCCUUGUGUGGUACAGGAGAAGAUCUACCAAAUGAUAAAAAUAUACUCAGAUUUUUCUUCAAUCUUGGUGUAAAGGCAUACAGUUGUCCCAUGUGGGCGCCGCACUCAUAUUUGUACCCUCUACAUCAAGCUUACCUGAAUGCCUGUAGAAUGUACCCAAAGGUGCCAGUCACAAUGUAUUCUCAUCAUCCUUGGAUGCAGGAGAUACCUUUGACUCAGAAUGAAAAUGAACAAAUAGAUGGUCCAUUCCAUGAACCAAAUGGCAUCAGAAUCAAUGGACAAAGUCUGCAGACUGAUACUAUGUCUUCACCCAUGCCCCUGUUUAUACAUGCUACCCAAGUGCCUGAAAGUCAAGGACUUGUCUGCGUAGAGUCUGAGAAUCCAGCACAAGCAUUACAGGCUGAUUAUGAGGAGUCCCUAGGAAGUAAAAAUGUAUUUCCACAACCUCCAUUUGGGCAGAAUCCAUUUUUAGGUUCUGUACCACUUACAUCAGUUUUCCCUCAAUGUUGGUAUGGAUAUCCUGUUCCAGGUUAUAUUGAAGAUUCUGAAUUGAGGCAAGUUGUGCCACCUGAGGCCAAGAGAGGUGAUACAGUUUUGUCUGAGGAGGAAACUUCUUCAGUUCCAGUUGCUGAAUGUGUCGAGCCACUUCAGAAAGCCAAGAGUGAAAGAAAUCUCCAAGGCAUACCUCUCCCUAAAACUGCCAUCAAGAAUGAAUAUAAUAUCCUAAAUAAAACCUCAGCCCGAGUGCCUAAAGAUCAGCAGACCUGUCCUGCUAUCCUACCUACUACACAAACAAAAUCUCUACUCCAAAACCCCCCUCCCACAGAAGCGCAGGACAUCAGGAGACAAACAUCAACUUCAAAAUCUGAAUUUAAAAAUGUUCUUGGCCAUAAAGAAAAGAGUAACAAGUCUAAUGCAUAUAUAUCAGUAAGUGGGGAGGAAAGUAGAGGACCAAGCGCAAGGGAGGCAAGGGAAGAGAGCUCUGAAGAUGAGCAUGAAGUAUCUGAUAUGCUUAGAAGUGGCCGAUCAAAACAAUUUUAUAAUCAGACUUGUGGUAGACGACCUAGAAGUGAAAGGAGCUAUCUACCUGGGAGAGGAGGCUAUCAGUAUCCAAAAAAUGAGGAACCAUGGAAGGGGUCAUCUACUGGAAAUAGAGGGGAAAGCUCGCAUUAUCACCGCAAUUUCAGAGGGCGGCCAUAUCGGAAUGAGAGGAGGAGAUCAAACAUGGGAAAUAGUGGGCUACAUCGUGGGCUACAAUUGUUUUAACUAUCAAAAUCUAGACAUUCAACAUACAUAUGAAUGCUGAGAUAUAUACUCAAGGCAUAUAUUUCUGCUUUUGUUAAAGAUCAGAAAAUUCUUUUCGUUUUAUCAAAGGUGUGGGGCCUUUCAGCAAUUUAAGUGGUUAGGUAUAACUUUUGGCAAUUGAUAAAAACUAAUUUUGCUUUGUUUAAUUUCUUACGACUAAAUAUUAUUGUGUUUGAAACAUAAAAAGUGUGUUUUUGUUUGAGUUUUAUUUUUCCCAUAAAGAUUUAAGUUUGUGGUAGGGAAGAAAAAGCUAUAGUGAAAAGUUACCAUGGUUAUUUCAUACCUGAUGGUAAAGAACAAUGCAGCAAAUACACUGUAUAGCAUAGCCUAUGGCAGGGGUAGGCAACCUUGGCUCUUUUAUGACUCGUGGACUUCAACUCCCAGAAUUCCUGAGCCAGUCAUGCUGGCUCAGGAAUUCUCGGAACUGAAGUCCAUGAGUCAUAAAAGAACAAAGGUUGCCUACCCCUGGCCUAUGGUAUGUUGAGUCUGAGGACUCUCAAAUCACUAGACUUAUUUUUGAUAUGCUUCCAAUCCAAAGCUUUUCAUCUCAAAAAAACUUGUGAAACUUGAAUGUGUGAGACUUCAUUUUGCUUCAUUUAAAAUACCUUUUUUUUUUGCAAUGACUAUUUUUGUGUCUUAAGAUGGUUUACUGUGUUUUAUCCAUAAUGGUUGUGUGUGUGUGUGUGUGUGUGUGUGUACGUAUUUCUUGAACUACUUAAAACAAUCAAGAAACACCAUAUAUCACGUGGGUAGUAUACUCAGUUUGGUGAUGAAUUCUUCCAAGGAGUCCUAACGCAGGAAUGACUAUAAUAAUGCCUAUGCAAAAAUAUGUAUAUAAGACAAAAGUAGAUGCUGUGCAUUUCCAAAAUAAUUUUACACAACUGUUACAAAUGAACUUUUGAGAUAGUUUUGCACUGAAAAUUCUUUAAAUGAACUGUGGAAGAGAUGCACAAAAUAGAUUAAACAGCAUUUGUCUUGUACUGUGGGUUAUUGAGGCUUUUUUCUUUUGUUGUUGAACAUGUUUGCAUUGUUUUAUAAAAAGUGUAAUUAAAAAAAAACAAUUUGGUUAUUAUA